CAUAUAUGUUCUUGUUACCAUUCUUGAAGUAAUAUAACCAGCUUAGAACUCGAUUCUUAUCACAAACAGAACCAAACAUCAGAAUUGUUGACUCAUGAAGAAGGAAAACGGCGGGACUCAAAUAAUGGGCAACUCUUGGGCGUGCAAUUUGGAAAAUAGCCAUUUUUGAAUUUUUCGAUGAUAAGAUAAUCUUGAAGUGACUACAGAUAUUAAGAAGUUAGGCGUUUAUAUCGUGUUUAAGCGCUCUGCCUAGUAAGCGAGUAAUGAUGGAUGAAGAUGAAGGAUCAUCGCGGCAUAAAUCAUCUCUGAUCAAAUUCUUCUCUUUCACGAACCCAGCCGUAAAAAAGCUCCUCGGAUGGAAACAAGGUGACGAGGAGGAGAAAUGGGCCGAAAGAGCAGUGAGUUCGCUAGUUAAAAAAUUACAAAAGAGGGAAGGUGCACUCGAGGAAUUAGAGCGAGUCUUGAGUAACCCGGGUUGUUCUAGCAAAUGUAUCACAAUUCCAAGAAGUCUUGACGGAAGGCUACAAGUUUCUCAUCGCAAGGGGUUGCCACAUGUUAUCUACUGUCGAGUAUGGAGAUGGCCUGAUCUACAUUCAUCCGCUGAAUUAAAACCUGUAGAAAAUUGCCAUUUUUCAUUUACAGCCAAGAAAAGCGAAGUAUGCAUCAAUCCUUAUCAUUACAAAAGAGUCGAGGCCCAAAUUUUGCCAUCAAUUCUCGUUCCUAUACAAUCUGAAUACCCUCCAGAUCACAGUAUUCUUCCCUUUCAACAUGCAGCAUCUGAGACGAGGAUGCCGAAAAACAUGACAUACUCUACAAACGGUUUUGAUACGAGAAACUCGUAUCCAACAUCACCAAUGUCGUCAAUCGGUUCGAUUCCAAGUCCAGGAAAUCCAUACAAUUCUCAGAGUCCUGCUGGCUAUCCUAGAUUUGCUGAAACGCCUCCACCGCUCUUUGAUGCUCCCAACGAUCAAUUGCAGUACACUCAGAAUCAAUCGAUGGAUUUUAAUCCAUUGAAUACUGUGUCACAUAACGUGACUCAAGUUUGCUAUCAGGAACCACAGUACUGGGCCACUAUUUCUUAUUAUGAAUUGAAUUCGAGAGUUGGCGAGGUUUUCAACUGCCAGUCUCAGCAUAUAAUUGUGGAUGGAUUCACUCAUCCAAAUAAUUCGGCUCGAUUCUGUCUAGGUCAGCUGUCUAAUGUAAACAGGAACUCGACUAUAGAAAAUACGAGAAGACACAUUGGAAAGGGUGUGAGUUUUCAUUAUGUUAAUGGAGAGGUUUACGCUGAGUGUCUCUCAGAUUAUUCAGUCUUCGUACAGUCCAGUAAUUGUAAUAACUCUCAUGGUUUUCAUCUGAGUACUGUCUGCAAAAUUCCACCAAAAUGCUCACUCAAGAUUUUUAGCAAUCACGAAUUUUGGUCUCUGCUUCAGCAAACUGUAAAUUGUGGAUAUGAGAAGGUCUACGAACUUACAACGAUGUGCCUUAUCAGGAUGGGGAGCAGAAUACCACCGACAAGAUGUUACCUCAACACCAUGUUGGAUUGAAGUUCAAUUGAAAGGUCCAUUGCAAUGGUUGGACAGGGUUCUUACCGAAAUGGGAUCACCGCAAUUUGCAAUAAGUUCUAUGUCUUGAUGGAAGAACUUGCAGAUCUUAACGUAAGAAAUUUAUAGAUUUUUCAUCAGUAAUUGUGAAGGUUAUAUGUAGGAUAUUUCUCGCAUUCAAAAUUUAAAAUUACUAGUUUCUUUAAAAAGCAAUAUUUUUUAUUUAUAAUAUUGAAAAUAAAUUUAUUACAAAAUUUUAAUUCUUUUAUGCCUAAUUAAUUGCUUUGCGAUCGAAAGCAAUUUAUAUCGUGCAUCUUUCAAACAUUAAAAUUUAUUUUCCACUGUUGGCUUCCAAUUGAUGAAUAAUUUUUCGUUGGUUAUUAGUUCCUUAUCAAAUUAUCUAAUAUGUAAUAUAGUUGCAAAUGUUAUAUUAUAUUAGGAGCUCACACUUUGGCAGGAGCGAGGAAUUAACUACUGCGGAAUUCUGAUGUACACCUGUUUCUGAUUUGUUUGGAAUUUAGUGAAUUCUUUUAAAGUCACCUUGCAUGAUUUCGAAUUUAUCCUGAAUUCAGAUAUAUCUUGAGCUGAAUGGAUUCAAUUGCAUACUUAAGUGAAGACUUCAAUCAUGUGGACCUCUGUAACACCUGCUACAUUGUAAAUCGUUUGCCUUAAGUUAUUGAAUUUAAACAAACACUAGCAUUUUUACGAAAAAAAAUUCAUGAACUUUGGCAUAAGGGGUGACUUUCCCACUGUAAAACCUAUAUCAGGUAAUCAUGAAUUAAAAAUACUAACUUAUAUAAAAUAAUUAUUGCGAUAUUAUACGUAUACAUUAAAAUUAAAAGGAAUUAUUUUAC